AGGAUUUAAGGCAAUCAGACAGCGUGCUUCAACGGAUAAAAGCCCGGUGCAGAGUAUGGAAACCAAGCAGCCUGUGAAGUUGGACCAAAAGGAAGCUCCGGAAAUGUUGGUAAUUGAACUAUCAACUGCAGAGCGUAUUAUGUUGCCAGAACUUCAACAUCCUGAAACUAUGGACAUGAUGGCGACGGUUUUGUUCGAUGACGAUAAAGUCUCAGAGACAUUCGGACAUCUUCGUCAGUCCUGUAAACCUGUGCGAGCAGAAUACCUCUUCGACAGUUAUACGUGUAAAUUCAGGCAGAAGAUUAUAGUACCAUGUGUUGGGAAAAAACGUUUCCUAUUAUAUAUAUCAUGUAUUAUCAAUAGAAUGGAUGAGAAUGGGAAACGCCGUGUAGAUGUGACGGGCUAUGGGUACACAAAGCCAAUAGAGCUCGAAACAUGCAUGGAAUUGAACAACUACAAACACCCUUUGUGUUCUGCAGACGGCACAAGGUUACUUGAGAUGCGGCUGAGUUACACAGUUAAAGCCUCCAAGAAUGAUGGAAGCGAGGUUAUUCCGGAAGAUAGAAUGGGCGGGAUUUUGGAUUUAUAUAAAGCAUAGUAGUUUGAACAGCGCACCUUUAGAUGGAUUCGUCGCGUCACUGAUUCUGUGCAUUUCUGUGCAAUUGCCGUGAAAGAGCGGCACCUGUAGACAAAUAUGCAAAUCAAAAAACAAAGAAAUGCUGUUAUUCCAAUAGUAUUAUGCUCGACAGA